AAAGAGUAAAAAAUAACUAGAAGGAGUGUAAUCAGUAGAUGAGUACAAACAUGACGAGUGAUCGUUAAUUUGCAUAUUGUUAAUUUAAUUAUCUGACCAAAUAACCUUAUAACAAUGAUGAAUACGAAUCUUAGACUACGGUCGUGAAAUUAAAGCUACUGAUCAUGCUACAAUGAAGUUUGUCGAAUUUCAAACAACCUUUAUCGUUUUUCAAUACUUAACUUCUAUUUGUACGACACAUUUACUUAUAAAUGUAAAAAAUCAAGGUGGCGAUAUUCUUCUUGAAACGAUAUCAUCUAAUGUUACCGAAGAUGUAAUUAUCUUGGAAUUUCAACGUUCUGAUGGUACACUUGUAACGCAACUAAUAGACUUCAAAAAUGAGGUACAAGUAAUAAAGGCAUUGGUUCUUGGUGAAGAGGAAAGAGGACAAAAUCAGUAUCAAGUUAUGUGCUUCGUAAAUCAUUUUUAUAAAGUUGAUUUUAUAUCCUCCGAUGCUAUGUCUAAGCUACGUCAAAAGAACCCAGGCACUGUCCGUGUUGCCGAAGAAGAUAAAGGUCAUGCCAAUUAUACUAUGGACUUGUUUUUAGAUGUCUCUCAAUCUAAGGAUAUUUCUAAACAUGUAGCUAGUCUUUGUAGCGAAGCGGCUGGUUCAGCUUAUACAAGAAACGAAGACAUUAAACAGUGGAUUCAAAGGCCAGGAUCUGUAGAGAUGUCAUUAAUGACAGCAGUAUACAACUUUACGCCUUCUCCUUUGCCAAAUACUGUAGAAAUGAAGUCGUCACCGUUUGUCUCUAAAUGUGCUGACACAUCCAAUUUAUGGGUACCUUGUACGUGUUCUUUAGAACUUUGUAUUGGUUGGUAUCCGUGUGGAUUGAAAUUUUGUAAAGGUAAAACUGAAGGUAGAAAAGUACCUAGCACUUAUAGAUGUGGUAUAAAAACUUGUAAAAAAUGUUUUAUAUUUACUUAUUACUCAAAAAUGAAGCAAAAUUGUUUAUGGGAUGAAUGACAUAUAAGAACGUUAUUAGAUGUGGAUUCAACAUGAUUUAACACAUAAUGACACUUUUAAGUGCAUUUUGUGCUUCGUACACAACUAUAAUAAUUCCUAUUGAAUGAACAAUAUUCGUUGUUCACUUUUAAUUACUCAUCCUUUCAACAAUUGUUUAGUAUAUUCAACAAUUAAAUAGGCUUUAAUUAAUUAUUUCUACAAAAAUUUGAUUUUUAUUGACGUUAGUUAGUUCAAAAAUAUAUAUCUUUAAUGUUAAUUCUUGUUUAAAAAGCUCUUGCACAUUAUUUUCUUAUAAUUUCAAGUUGUACCAAUUGCAGGGAAACUAGUUUAAUAAUUAGCAAAACUUAGAUCUGAAAUGCACAAACUAUUAAACAUAUGGCUCUUUUUUUAUAUAUAUGUAUGUAUAUUUUUGAAUGGAUAUAUUUGUAAUAUAAACAAAAAAAAGAAACCAUAUUUAUCCAGGGUAUAUAAAAUAGGAUAAAUUUAACUCA